AAAGUGUAUUAAACCGUGCAGUGAAACAUGACAAAGUGAGAAUUUUCAACAGUGCUCGGAUUGAAGAACAGUUAUAAAAUCCGGAGCAAGUUUAAGAACAAUGGAGUCUGAAUUGAAAAUAACGAUGGCGGCUUUAAAGCAGACCCUGCUGUCGCUGUCCGUGUCGCUCUCUUAUUUUUGCAUUGGUUUGGUUCGCGGUUACUCGGCUCCAGCGGUUCCGUCAAUGAACGAACUGAAUCCGGGCUUAUUACCGGAUAAGAAUAUUGCCUCCUGGGUAAGCUCCAUUCCCCCAUUCGGGGCCUUUUUCGGCAGUCUGCUAGCGUUUCCUUUGAUGCACAAAAUUGGCCGUAAAUAUACGGUCCUACUGACGUCACCAGUUUGGGUUACCGCCUGGAUCAUGAUAGCUACGGCUGAGGAUUGGAAAAUGCUGCUAAUUGCCCGCAUGCUGUCCGGUUUCGGAGCUGGAUUGACGCUGCCCUCCGCGCAAAUCUACGUUAGUGAGUGCAGCGAUCCAAAGAUUCGCGGUGUGAUUGGUUCUUUGCCCGCACUGUCCAUGUCUGUCGGAAUCCUCGUUACGUAUAUCUUGGGAAAGUACAUCGAAUGGCGGAUGCUGGCGUGGGUGUGCUGCGGUGCAGCUUGUUUCCUAUUCGUUGCUGUUAUUUGCUUUCCUCAAUCUCCGGUGUGGUUGAAAACGAAAAAACGCUACGAGAAAGCUCAUCAUUCGGCAAAAUGGCUGCAUCUGCAGGGAUUCACCUUCGAUCCAAAGGCUCAGGAAAUACAAAAAGCUGCCUUAAAUGGAGCACUGACUGAACGGAAAGAUAAUCCAUACUCUCGGAAAGCUCUCUGCCGUCGGGUGGUUCUGAUGCCAUUAGGCAUCGGGCUAGCUUUACUAUCGAUUCAACAGUUGAGUGGGAUCGACGCGGUUAUUUUUUUCACUGUAGAAAUAUUCCGCUCAGCUGGAAGCUCAUUGGAUGGACACUUAGCAACGAUCAUCGUGGGCACCGUACAGGUGCUUAGUAAUUUUUCCGCUCUCUUCGUGGUGGAUCGUGCCGGCCGAAAGCCUUUGCUGCUCACAUCCGGUGUCAUUAUGUGUCUGGCAAUGGCGUCUAUGGGAGCAGCUUUCCACCUUAAUUCAAUAGGCAAUACUUGCUUUGGAUAUCUACCAUUGCUGAGCCUGAUCAUCUUCAUGAUAGGAUUUUCAAUCGGUUUUGGUUGUAUUCCGUUCUUGCUGAUGGGUGAGCUAUUUCCAACUGCCCAAAGAAGCUUGCUGAGUUCCCUGGCUGGAUCUUUCAACUUGGCGGUGAUGUUCAUUGUGAUCAAAACCUAUCAUCCUUUGGAAGAUAUAAUCACGACAUCGGGUACAUUUUGGAUGUACAGCAUUCUCUGUGCCAUAGGGGUGGUAUUUGUGAUAACGUGUGUUCCAGAAACGAAGGGCCGUGAUCUGGAGAGUAUUCACAAGCUGUUCGAAAAAGAUACUGACGCUUCGAAGCGGGAUAGUUGUGUUGAGUCUCGCGGUAAGCAAGGCCAUGACAAUGUUGCCAUGCGCAUGGAAGACGAAAUUGUGCCGUGUGCCAACGAACCGAAAGUUGAUACUAAGUUGUAGAAUAAAUUAUUAUUGUAUUUCUAUUA